CUUAGGAUUCCGUUAUUCACUUUAUGCCUACAGGACGCUGUGGAGUAUGCUGAAUGUGAAGCUAUUGUGAAGGACUUCCCUCCAUUUCGAGAAGCAAUGAAGAGAAGAGGGAUUGAAGACAUGGAUCUUGUCAUGGUGGAUGCCUGGUGUGUUGGAUAUCAUAGUGAAUUUGAUGCUCCUAGCCGCAGGCUUGCCAAACCAUUAAUCUUUUGUAGAACCGAGAGUGACUGCCCCAUGGAAAAUGGCUAUGCCCGCCCAGUUGAAGGAAUUUACAUUCUUGUUGACAUGCAAAAUAUGGUAGUUCUUGAGUUCGAAGACUGCAAACUAGUGCCCCUUCCACCUGCUGACCCCUUAAGAAAUUAUACUUCUGGUGAAACCCGGGGUGGAGUUGAUAGAAGUGAUGUUAAGCCAUUACAGAUUCUUCAGCCUGAAGGUCCAAGUUUUCGUGUCAAUGGCUACUUUAUUCAAUGGCAGAAGUGGAACUUUCGGAUUGGUUUCACUCCUAGGGAGGGUUUGGUCAUUUAUUCAGUAGCCUAUAUUGAUGGAAGUCGAGGGCGAAGGCCAGUAGCACACCGGUUGAGUUUUGUUGAGAUGGUGGUUCCUUAUGGAGAUCCAAAUGAUCCUCACUAUAGGAAGAAUGCUUUUGAUGCAGGAGAAGAUGGCCUGGGUAAAAAUGCCCAUUCUCUCAAGAAGGGUUGUGAUUGUUUGGGAUAUAUCAAGUACUUUGAUGCACACUUCACAAACUUUAAUGGAGGUGUUGAAACAAUAGAGAAUUGUGUUUGCUUGCAUGAAGAGGAUCAUGGUAUUUUGUGGAAGCAUCAAGACUGGAGAACAGGUUUGGCUGAAGUACGAAGAUCUAGAAGGCUGACAGUGUCUUUUAUAUGCACUGUGGCUAACUAUGAGUAUGGCUUUUUCUGGCACUUUUAUCAGGAUGGAAAGAUAGAAGCUGAGGUCAAACUCACAGGAAUUCUCAGCUUAGGAGCACUGCAACCAGGUGAAACUCGAAAAUAUGGCACGACCAUUGCCCCUGGAUUGUAUGCGCCUGUCCAUCAGCACUUUUUUGUUGCUCGUAUGGACAUGGCAGUUGAUUGCAAGCCUGGUGAAGCUUUCAAUCAGGUUGUUGAGGUUGAUGUCAAAGUUGAAGAGCCAGGAAAGGAUAAUGUUCACAACAACGCGUUUUAUGCCGAGGAAAGAGUGCUUAAAUCUGAAUUGGAAGCAAUGCGUGAUUGUAAUCCUUUAUCUGCUCGUCAUUGGGUUGUUAGGAACACUAGGACAGUGAACCGCACUGGACAGCUAACAGGUUAUAAAUUAGUACCUGGUUCAAAUUGUUUACCCUUGGCUCGUCCAGAGGCCAAGUUUCUGAGAAGAGCGGCUUUCUUGAAGCACAAUCUUUGGGUCACUCCUUAUGCACAUAAUGAAAUGCAUCCCGGAGGAGAGUUCCCUAAUCAAAAUCCACGUGUCGAAGAGGGUUUGGUUACUUGGGUUCAGCAAAAUAGGUCAUUGGAGGAAGCUGAUAUAGUUCUUUGGUACGUAUUUGGAGUGACUCACAUUCCUCGUCUAGAAGACUGGCCUGUUAUGCCAGUAGAACGCGUUGGUUUUAUGCUUAUGGUAUACGCCUUUCUACAUUACCUUAUUUUCCUUGCCAUUGUUUCUUGUUGGCAUUUAAUUUAAGAUUCAUACUGGAUUACUUGGCACUCAAAAAGUCAAAACAUAGAUUAUCUGCUCCUACAACAUCUAAACUUGAAUGUUAUAUGGUAAUUACCAUGCUAUGGAACAAAGUUAUUCUGGAACAUUAGACUGCGUUUGUUUAUAGGCGUGAAACACUAAGACAGGAACACAGAGAUACAAAAUCAUAUUUAGCAAUAUGAAUAUGAAUGCAGACAUUGUAUCCACAAACACUGAAUUAGUAUAUUUGUGUCCUUGUUGAUAGGAAAGACACAGAAAUACUAACAAGAGACUGUUUAUUUUUUUAUUUUUCUUUU